CUCCGACGCCAUAUUUACCGUGGGAGCCUGGUGCUUGUUGCUACUCCACCGGCAGGAAUCACCGAGUGGCCAAGUCCUCCUUUUUCUCGCUCUCGCUCUCUCUCUCUCUCUCUCUCUCUCUCCCUCCCUCCCUCCCUCUCUCUCCCCCCCCUCGCUCCCUCCCUCCUCCCUUCGGGACUUUUCCUUUUUUCGAACAGCACCCCCCCCCCCCCCCUCCUCCACCCACCGCAUUAGCCGAGCACCAUGGCGGACAGAGAGGACGCAGUGUACCAGGCGAAGCUCGCGGAGCAAGCGGAGCGAUACGAUGAAAUGGUGGAGUCGAUGAAACAAGUGGCGAGCUUGGACAUGGAGCUGACGGUGGAGGAGCGGAACCUCCUGUCGGUGGCCUACAAGAAUGUGAUCGGCGCCCGGAGAGCCUCAUGGAGGAUAAUCAGCAGCUUGGAGCAGAAGGAAGAGAGCAAAGGAAGCGAGGAAAAGCUGACUAUGUACAAGGACUACCGGAAGCUGGUAGAGAAAGAGCUGAAAUCAAUCUGCAAAGACAUUCUGGAAGUACUGGACCAGCACCUCAUCCCAGCCUCCUCUACGGGAGAGUCCAAGGUUUUCUACUACAAAAUGAAGGGAGACUACCACAGGUACCUGGCGGAGUUCGCUACCGGCAACGACAGGAAGGAGGCGGCCGAGAACAGCCUGGUGGCGUACAAAGCCGCCAGCGACAUCGCUCUGAACGAGCUGCCGCCCACGCACCCCAUUCGCCUCGGACUGGCCCUCAACUUCUCCGUUUUCUACUAUGAAAUACUCAACUCGCCGGACCGCGCCUGCAGGUUGGCGAAGGAAGCGUUUGACAGCGCCAUCGCCGAACUGGACACUCUGAGCGAGGAGAGCUACAAGGACUCCACGCUCAUCAUGCAGCUGCUACGUGACAACUUGACACUUUGGACCUCAGACUUGCAGGGAGAUGAUUCUUAAAAGGGGACACAUCUCAUUCUCGCUCCCUCCUUAAUAAACAUUGUGUUGUGAUGAACAGAACACAGAAGCACCGCCGGAAGCGGAGGAAGACGUCCAGUGAGACCCCAAAGGCCACGCCACGAGCCCACAAACCCUCCCUUCCCCCGUUUCCUUCCUCUUUCACUCUCCUCCCAGCACUCCCUCCACUCUCCAACCUACUACUCUUUCUCCAUUUCUCCCCUUUUAGUCCCACUACCCUCAUUAAAAGACCUCCACGCUGGGUUUAACCCUUCAAAGUGGAGGGAGAUGUAUCCUUAUUUUGAUUUGACUUUUUAAAUUUCUUUUUUGAUGACUUGUUUGCAAGAUUGUGCCCUUUAAGGUCCACGUCCUCUAUAUAUAUUUUUUUUCUUUCCUGUUUUUAUUUUAGUUUUAUGCUUCAUGUUGUUGCCAAGUACGCUUGCCUGUCUUUGUAACACAAGCGCACAUGCAAGAGUUUAUUUAAAAGGUGCGUGCAUGUGGUGUCGCUGAGCGCUUCUUUUGCAAAGAGACGCAACAAAAGGGAAGCGCGGAACAACUCAAGUGCCCUCUUUAUAGAACCACCUCUGACAGGUCUCAUUGUUAUUGUUUUUUAGUUUAGUUUUUUUUUUAAAGUUUCUAAUCAUGACAAACGGCAGAAUGUCGCCUCUGCUCUUGUCCGCUCGGACCAACCGUCGCGCUCUUGGCAGGGUUCUGUUGUCGCGCUGACUGGGUGAUGAUGUCCUUGUGUAGUUGUGUGGGAGGCUCAACACUCUUGAUUGUAUUAUAAAGCAGUUUUGCUUGGGCACCAAGUUGAACAGGGAUGACGACGACGACAAAAAAAAAAAAAAAAAAACAGUUUGGGAAAUGGAGGCCUGCUG